CAGGGACAACCCUCAGCAGCAGGCGGCUCCAGUUAGGGAUGACCAGCGGUUGGCGUUCCAGGGACAACCAGCGAUCAGCAGACAGCAGCAGCUCCCAGGGCACUCAGCAGCAGACAGCCUCCAGGGACACGCAGCCACAGAUAGUGUGCAGGGUCCCUCAGCAGCAGCUCCCAGGGCACUCAGCAGCAGAAAGGGUGCAAGGGUGCUCAGUAGACAGGCUUACAGACUUGCAGGGUCUGGCAGGGUCUCAGCUGUAGGGUCUGACCUUUGAGGAGAAGGCUCAUGCAGAGCUGUGGAGACUCCCAACCCUGGGGUAUUGCAGAGGGCUACAGUCCUGACCUUUUGGGGGUCUGCAGAGUGCGCAGCAGGGAUGGCUGGGGAGGCUCGGUCCCCCUCACCCGAGUCUCCCAGCAUCUUUCCGGGAGCAAGUUGAUUCCAGCAGCA